UCUAGGGUUUAUAGCAGAAUCCAAAAAAGUUUUCCGUCACUUUCCCGGAAUCCAAACGGGGAAAGAACAAUGCCUACUUAUAAAAUCAGAGGUAUCGAUGUGGAUUUCCCGUUCGAGGCCUAUGAUUGCCAGCUCAUCUACAUGGACAAAGUCAUACAGUCUCUACAAAACAAAUGUAAUGCACUUCUGGAGAGUCCUACUGGAACUGGGAAAACCUUGUGUCUUCUCUGUGCCACGUUGGCUUGGAGGAAGAGUUUGGGUGGUUUCAACACUUCUGGAAUUCAAAAGGAUGAUCAGGUUGCUGGGAGCCAGUCAAUUGAGGUUUUGUCACAAUCUGCGGCUUCUAAGCUUCCUAAGAUAGUUUAUACCUCACGCACUCACAGCCAACUUCGGCAAGUGAUUAAAGAGUUAAAAAGAACUACCUACAGGCCCAAAAUGGUCAUAUUAGGAUCUCGAGAGCAAUUUUGCAUCCAUGAGGAAGUCAGUUUGCUUCGUGGAAGUGCACAAAACAAUGCCUGCAGAUUCCUUUGCAAAAAGGGCUCAAAGCGUUGCUGCAUUCAUUAUAUUCGCACUGCCAAUUAUUUGAAGAACAAUCCUCAUCUUGGAGAUGAACCUAUUGACAUAGAGGAUUUGGUCAAUAUUGGACGAAGAUCUGGACCGUGCCCAUAUUUUCUGUCAAGAGAGCUCCACAAGGUUGUUGAUAUCUUAUUUGCUCCCUAUAACUAUCUUAUUGAUCCUGGGUAUAGAAGAGGUCUUGGCCUGGACUGGGACAAAAGUAUACUUAUAUUUGAUGAAGCUCACAACCUGGAAAGUUUAUGUGCAGAUGCAGCCUCCUUUGACUUGCAUCCUGGGCUUCUUACAGCUUGCAUCUCUGAAGCAAAGAAUUGUAUUGACCUUUCGACGAAGAGACAAUGUUCAGAUGACAAAUCUUCGAAGCCAGAAGAUUUUGCUGUUCUUAGAGCACUUCUUCUGAAGCUUGAGAAGCGAAUUGCUGAAGUGCCCAUUAAUUCAAAGGAGUUGGGAUUUACUAAGCCAGGGCCAUACAUCUAUGAACUACUUGCUGAUUUGAAUAUAACGAAAGAAACUGCCUCUAAGCUCAUUGGUAUAAUUGAGGAAGCUGCUGAACUUCUAAGGGACGAUAAGCUGCAGAAGGGUUUGGACACUGCCUGCAGGCUACAAAGCAUUAUUGACAUCCUGAAUAUUAUCUUUAGAGAUAAAGGGACUGCUCAUGCAGCAUUCUAUCGUGUUCAUGUGCAGGAAGCUGACGCAAAUGCUGCAGAUGUUUUAAAAGGGAAGGCUUCCAGGACACUCAGCUGGUGGUGUUUUAAUCCAGGAAUCGCAAUGCAAGAGUUCUCUAUGAUGGGUGUUGGCUCUAUUAUAUUGACUUCUGGCACAUUAUCACCCAUGGAAUCAUUUGCACAGGAAUUGAAAUUGGAUUUCCCUGUGCGAUUGGAAAAUCCUCAUGUCAUAUCCUCAAAUCAGAUAUGGGCUGGAGUUGUACCAACUGGUCCAUCAAGUUACUCUUUAAAUUCAUCUUAUCGGAAUCGUGAUUCUCUAGAAUACAAGCAAGAGCUUGGAAAUGCAAUCGUCAAUAUUGCUCGCAUUGUACCUGAUGGAUUGCUCAUAUUUUUUCCAUCAUACUAUCUUUUAGACCAAUGCAUCGGGUGUUGGAAAAAGAUGAGUCAUGGAAAUUCAACAUCAAUAUGGGAAAGAAUCUGCAAAUAUAAGAAACCUGUUGUGGAACCCAGACAAUCGGCACUGUUCCAAAUGGCGAUUGAGGACUAUAUGGCUAAGUUGAGGGACACCUCAACUUCUGGUGCAGUAUUUUUUGCUGUUUGUCGUGGAAAGGUGAGUGAAGGAUUAGAUUUUGCUGACUUUGCUGGAAGAGCUGUAGUCAUCACGGGUAUGCCUUUUGCUACACUGACUGAUCCUAAGGUUCGCCUGAAACGUGAGUUCUUGGAUCUACAGGCACAAUCACAGAGAGAAGGAUAUAAGGGGCUAAAGUUGCCGGUUCUGACUGGAGAAGAUUGGUACAAUCAACAAGCGUCACGGGCUGUAAAUCAAGCCGUUGGACGUGUAAUUCGUCAUCGCCAUGAUUAUGGAGCAAUCAUCUUUUGUGAUGAAAGGUUUGCACAUUCAAAUCGCCAAUCCCAAAUAUCACUUUGGAUACAGCCUCAUAUCAAGUGUUACUCCAAAUAUGGGGAUAUGGUUUAUAUGCUGACCCGGUUCUUCCGAGAUGCAGUAAUUUCUUGUCCAACAAACCACAAGUCAAUAAAAAUUGAAGAUAUGGGAAAUGAAAGAGAAAAAAAAUCUGUGGAGCCCCUGGAUAAAUCCUACCCAGAAAAGAGUGCAGCUGUGGGUCAAGCUUGCAUAUCUCCUUCUGAUGUCAAAAGAAGCAACAAUUCAAGCCCCUUUGAAGUACUUCCUGCCAAUCGCUUAUCCCUCAGUCCUUACAAGGCAAUUCAGGCUUUUAAAUUGAAAGGUUCAUGUGAUCUAGUUCAGUAUGAGAAAAAAAUCUUACACUCUGGAAGGAAAAUUACACAACUGCAAAAUCGUGAAGUGAUUGAUUUAUCUGGUAAUUCUUUAUUGGAUACAAAACCAAGGAAAGAGGAAGCAAUAGCACCUUGUUCGGCUAAGAAGCGUAAAGUACUAAAUACUGAGCUUGAUGCGUGUAUUUCAAAUGCCACUGAGAUUGCAUCUGGUGCUGAAAGUUCACAGUCAAGUUACCCUCUUUCUAGAACUUGUUUAGGGAAGCAUGAAAAACCACAGAUUUCUGAUAGUAGAAGCAGGCAAAAUGCUGAAGUUUCAGCCUUGCAAUGUAAGGUUGAUGCAACGCUCCGAAGGAUAGAUUCUGAGUUUCUUAGUCAAAAAAGUGAAGCUGUUCUAUCUAGUGCUAGUGGUGAUGAGGAAACAAAAGGAUCAACAUUUCUUAUUCAGGUUAAAGAAGAACUUAGUGCUACAGAAUAUAAAGAAUUUGUUGGGUUUAUGAAGGCACUGAAGUCUAAGGCAAUGAAAAUUGGUCACGUACUACAGUCAAUUGCAAACUUAUUCUCUGGGCCUGAGAGGCUUCCUCUUCUUAGAAGAUUCAAAGAUUAUGUCCCUGCAAAGUACCAUUCCAUAUACGAGCAGUACCUUCCGACAAAUGGUUGAACUCUCCAUUUGUAAAGUGAGCAACUCUAUACUAGACCCGAAAGUGAAGGGAUUUUGCGUUCUAAUUGUUUUUCUGUGAAUAGAGGCCACAACUCCUUACCUUGCCAGACUUAAACCAGAUAUAAGGUAAUGGUAUGUCUGGCUUUGCACGAUCGCUUUUGUCCAAACUGUGAAUCGCUCUCAUCUCAGGGCAGGAGACCAUGUUAAUAAAGCAACAUGGUUAUAGAUGUAAAUGGAAGAAGAUUAGAUGUAAAGGUCCUCACUUACCAGCUUUUCUCUCCACCGCAAUGAACCACAAGGCGGGGGCAGCCAAGUUAUAUGCUGCGUUUUGUCAAUGUUACUGAUCAUUCACAAAUGAUUUUCCGGUAAUUUCACUCACAGUUGUAGUUACAGUAUUGGCAUUUAUUUAUAAAUCUGAUCUAAGGUUCUUGUAAUUGUUUCUGAGUGCCCCCAUAUUGUUGAAAAAGUAUAUAAAUUAUCCUGCAAACAAGAUUUUGUAAGUACCAAUUCUCUGUUUGAAGGGAUCAUAAAAUAAAA